CGCAAAAGUACUGAAACGCUCCUCUCUGCUCGUUUCCAUUCACGCUCCAGCCUCUAAUUUAGUUGUAUUUUCAUUUUGCUUAGGAAAAUCUCAGCUUUCUUGUGAAUGCCACAAUAUGCCGCUACUGGUGCAACGAGUCCAGAUCUAAGUUACCAGCCCAUGAGUAACAAUCUACCACCUAGUAUAUUGCGUAGGAUAUUCGAGCAUGUGUCAACGGAAGAAAUCAUCAAAUGUGCUCAGACAUGUCGACAUUGGGCCAUACCAGCUUUGAAGAUAAUAUGGCAACACCUAAAAUUCAUACGUACUAGAGAUUUUGAUCGUACGUUUGCUAUUAUUGCUCGCAAGAACACUAUAUUCCCAUACGGAACCUUCGUAAAGAGCAUAGAGAUUAUUCAUGCUGAACGAGAAUUGUCUAUCAGCUCACAAAUGAUGCUUCUGGUGGUAUCAUUAUGUCACGACUUGGAAGCCAUCUCACUAAACUUCAGUAACGUCAGAGCUGGUCCUAAAAUGGAACAAAGUUCUACACCGCCAAAGAAGGCUUUACCGCCGCCUCAAAUGAUACAACAUCGGGUUCCAACCAAAACAGUUACCACUGCCGACACACACACUCAGCCACUCCCUUUGGCACACAUUGGACACAACUGUCCUUCCAUCCAUACCCUCCGAUUAGAUUCCUAUGUGCCUAAAAACGAUGACUCCAUAUAUGAAAUGGCGAAAUAUCUUAAUCAUGGGACACUCCGCAAUAUACGCUUCACGGGAUGCACAACGCUGCAAGGCUCUACGCUACGGAAACUGGCAAAAAUGAAUCCUCAAAUGCGACACAUUGAAAUUCUAGGCAAUACACCAAUCACGGACUCAACCACUGUAACAUUAGCUGAAGAAUGUCGACUCAAUCUGCAACACCUCGUCAUCGGUAAUGCAUAUCAUCUCACGGAUAAGGCUUUUUUGAAUUUAGCCCACUACUGCUCCAAUUUGCACCACUUAAGCUUGUAUAACACAAACUCGGAUGCCGAAUCACUGUCGGAAAAUGGUCUAAUCCAGAUCGUCAAAAAAUGCUCGUCACUCUCCGUGCUGAACAUAAGUAAUGCUCGAUGGCUGGGCGAAGCUUUCUUUGAAGAAGUCCUCAUUCGAGUCAAACGACAACUGCAAGAAGUGGAAGAACCAAACUCAAAAUUGACUGCUUCAUAUGGGCUGCAUCAAAUAUGUUUAGGCAAUGUACGACGAGAAAUUUUAAGAUCACCAACUUUACAAAAACUAAUUGAACUGAGCUCAUACUCAGACGAUUUUGAGACGAGUGACGACGAUGAAUACAGUACUGCCUUUGAAGCACCCGUUCAAGUUCCAUUCAUGAGCAAUGAAGCUCUCCCUCCAAAUGCACGGAAGAUGAAUGUGGUUCGAGGAAGUUCUAUUUGGUGGUAUCGACGGCAACCUCGCGUUUCUCAAGCUACCAAUUAAUACCCCAGUUUAAUGCUAAAGGGGUUGCAGAAUCCCUGGUUAGAUUGUUCAGCAAAAUCCCUCGUCAACCUUAUAGGAUACCCUCUUCUUUCAUUUCACUUUUCCCUUUUAUUACCUUUCUGCCCUUGUAAGAACAGCUGUCAAGCACUUUAAAA